AUGGACGAUUCUGAUGACCUUGCUGAGGCAGCCAAACUUCCCUAUGACCCACAAGACUUCUCUGCCGACUGCAUCGAAAGCCUUAGUCAGGUCAACAGAGUUCAACGAGUGUUGCUCUUGGCUUUUUUCAUGGAGUUCAGCACAGAGAGCACACCUUGCUUAUAUUGGGGACAGCAUCCGUCAGCUGUUCCGGAACUUGCCCCAUAUUCCAACUGGACUGGAAGAGUUCAAUCAGCUUUUGCAUCACGGAAAGGCCUCCUGCUUGGUAUACCUAAACAUGGAUUACAUCUGAUCCUUUUACUUUACAUUAUACCGAGCGCGUUGAGUCGUCCACGUGAGGCUUCAGAUGUAAACAAAUGUGGCGAGAGCUUGGUUGGUCAAGUUGUUUGCGGCAAAGAGUUAAUUAUGGAACCACUUAUAGAGGCUAUUGUAGUUACAUCAAACAAUACUGGUGCGGAGUCAGUGCAGGUGUAUGAUGUGGCAACAGGCACCCACUUGAAGAGUUACAGAGGGGAUAUUUCAGCUCAGUCUACACUAUGCUUUGUAGGUCAAGCAGAAUACCUGAUGGCAGCUGUCAGAGAUAAACCGUUCCUCCAAGCAUGGGCCCUUCCCCGCCAUGAGACCUUGCAGAUAAGAUUAAUUGUUCCUGGAAAGGCUUGUGCAAUGGCCAUCAGCCCCAGUGGACCCAAAUACUGUGUUAUUGGUAUUGCAGAAAAGUUAACAGUAUACAAGCUUGUAACUGGACGCAUGAUUGGGGUGUCCAGUAGGCAUUAUCAGCCAGUUACUUGUGUGAAGUUUACACCAUGUGGCAAUUAUUUUGCCUCUGGGGGAGAAGACGGCUUUGUCUACCUGUGGAGUUUGGCCACUUUCAUAGAGACUUUGCACAAGCAGGAUGCUCCACAAGUACAGCCACACUUCAUCUUGGGACAACAUUCAGAUAAGGUCACUGACUUGGCCAUGACCUCCUCAGGAAUGCAAGGGUUCCUAGUCUCUUCUUCACUGGACCACACUGCCAAGGUGUUCGAUCUCGUCACAGGGCGUCUCAUCUACAACAUCAUCUCCGGCACAGGCAUCACCAGCGUGGCAUGCAACAGCUUAGGUUCUCAAGUGUUCUUGGGGAACAACAAUGGCACAGUCAAUAUUGCUAACUUGCUGCCACAUCCACCUCCUGGCGACGUGCAGGUCAGCAGCAACAAUAUGUGCCAUACAAACAGUGUGAGACAUAUAGUGGUAACCACUACAGGCAACCAGCUUGUCACAGGUGGGGAAGAUGGUGACGUGAAGGUGUGGAGCAUUGCUGGCUUGCCCUUGGCGAGUCUUGAAAAUGCCAGUAAACAUGACCCUUCACUUGCCCUCCAAAAGAUUGUCCACACAGGCCGUGGACGCAUUAAUAACUUGGCCAUUUUACGCACUGAUAGGGAGGCACUCUCAGAUGCAGACAGAGAGAUAGAGGAGGUCAUUGCUCCCUUCAGUCAGGACUUCUCUAAUCCACUCAAUACUGAAAUUAAUAUUCCUCUUCGAGGCAAAGGGAAACCACAGCCACAACAUUUGGACAUCUUCAAUUUUGCUACUGAUCCAUGUUUUGAUAGUGUGGAGCCAGAGAAGGGUCCAGACUACAAGAAUGAGCUUGAAGAAUCAGUCAUAAGCCUUCAGGAAAACAACAAGGAUCUCUACAAUUUUGCGAUGAAGCAGAUCCUGAGGAAAACGCCCAAAGGAGGAAAGGGAGGUUCUGACCAGAAAACCAAUUAUAAAGGAAAGAAAGCGAGUGCCAAUAAAAACAGAUAUUUUGAUACAAAGCAGAAAAAGUAGAAAGCCUUUUAUUUU